CGUCGGCGGGUGGUUGCCCGUACUGGACCGUUGGGUCGCUUGCGAGAUGCGGAGUGGGACGUCGACGUGCGCAGGACGACAGACAGAGCCGCUUUGGGCAGCGCGGGCUGCAACGGUCAAAUUUCAAAAGGAAGGCGGGCGUGUUCGUCGUCUUCUGUGGUGGUUGUCCGCAUAUGAAGGUCGAGCGCCCCUGUCCCAGGCAUGUCGGAAUACACAUCUGCAGUGGUCACGUGCGAGGGCGGCUGCAGAGGUGAAUUUCAUGGCUGACGUGCGGAGGAGAUUGCCUCUGCUGGUACUCGCUGUCGUUGUCCUCCUGAUUGUUGUCUUCCUCCACGUGUGUUUUUCGUGGCGGUCGUGGAAACAACAACGCAAGAGGAGGGCUUCGACGAGACGGGCGGCAGACGAACGUCUAAUGGCAGGCAUGCAGGCACGACCGGCUGCUGCCGCAGGUCAGGGACGAGUUCGAUCUUCUGCGGCGGAGCCUCGAAGGCGGUACGACCCGUCCAUGUACACCCAUCUGGAGUCGUGGGACACGCCAUUGCCCCCGUCGGACAAGGAGCCAGAGAAGGAAGAACUUUCGACAUUGCCUCUCGCUAGCAGCUCGACUCAAUUGUGGUCGCAGACGGUGCGAGCAGGCAGGUCGGCUCCCGACGAAGGGGGCGAGUUCACGUCAUUGCUGCAUCAAGGUUUGCGGGACGACGACGGUGGAGGAGUUGAUCUGAGGUUCGGGUUGUGUUCUGGCGGCGGCAGGGAGGCGAUCCGUACGUUCAUCAUCGACGGAGAUCGUUCGGCACGUGGCAUUGAGCAUGGUGGAAGUCUGCAUACGGAGCAGUCCACACUUCGUCGCAUUGCACCCAUGACUGGCGCGGUCGGGCCAUCGCCAGCAGGAUGGCAACAUGGAUCGACUGCUCCGUCCGUCGAUCGAUUGACACGGACCUGGCCUGCACCCCCCGGGGUGGCAGCAGGGCCCCUACGCAUGGGCGGUGCACGUUCGCUGAUGCCUGCGUGCACAACACCGAUCGAAUCUGGAGUGAGGGACGAGGGAACGUGCAGAGCGCCGGUACGUCCACGACCCACUGUGGAGAACAUAACACGUGGAGUGUCGAACAUUCGGGCACACAUCGAUGGAGGCGAAGACGACGUUGGAUUUGGUGACGACGCAGACGAAGGGAUAAGGGAAGACGUGGAAGCGGGGGACGACGACGACAACGUUCCAAUUUGGCCUUUGGGGAAAACGGCUGGGAGGGGGAGAGGACGCGGCAGAGGUGGUGUUCGUGGUCGAUCCGUUGCCCUGCCGAUGUGACGUCGCGGACAGCCUGCUGUCCAGUUGUCCUUGCGGAUGCCAAAUGCUAGGGAACAGGGGAUUGACUGAGCAGCGCCAAAGUGACG